AUGUUCUGCCUCCGCAGCUGGCUUCCUCUCCUUUUCAUCCCGACGAACGCAUCGCCGGCUUUCAUCUUUCUAUUCUUUGUCUGCACCUACUUCCUCAACAGGCCCUGCGUAUACUGCUCUUUUCUCCUGCUUAUCCUCUUCUUGACCUCCUGCAACUGGUCCGACCGCUGUUUCUUCGACUUCAACAGCAACUGGUUUCAGUCCAGGCCGGGCGGGAGCUUCAUAUACCUGCCCAUAUCGGGAUGGAGGUCUGAGGGGGGCGCCAAUUUGUCUGCCACAGAGGACAUCAACGCCACAGCAUCAGCUGCUGUCACAGAAAUGCUCAACACCACAGCCGGCGCAUUAGUUACCGCUGCCACGGAGCAGAUUACACGAACAAAGGUAGAAUGGACGGGACUCGGCAUGGAAUGGUUGCGAAGUUUGUUGGGGAGAAGAGAAUGGCGAGUCGAGUGUCUCGAUCUCUACAUUCGGCUAUAG